AUGCCGACCCUAACGCUGCCGGUGGGGGCCAUGAGGCCCAAGCUCCCCGCCAGUCCCGUGCUGAGCCCCUCACGGAGCCCGGCACGGAGCCUCCCGGGCACCCUGCUGCCACUCACGGGUCAGGGCACCUCGCCGGCGGUCAGCCCCACGAAGGCGAGAUCAAAGUCCCCACAGCCCGGUCCCCCGAGCUUCGACUUGAAGGCCUUGAUCCCGGAUCACCUCGAUGAAGACAUCUUCGCACGAUACGACUUCGAUGACAAGGAGCUUGGUACCGGGGGGUUCGGAAGUGUCUACCUGGCCAAAGACAGGAAGAUGGCAGACCGGCAGGUGGCAGUCAAGAAGGCAGUGAUGCUUGACGGGGACAUGAGAGAGAGCUUCCAGCAGGAAGUGAGGAUCAUGAAGGAGCUGGACCACCCUAACAUCUGCCGUGUUUAUGAAAGCUACGACCACGGCCGUCACGUCUUCUUCGUGAUGGAGUACUGCGCCGGCGGGGACCUCUUCGACCGCAUCCUCAAGCAAGGGGGCACCUCUGAGGCCCAGGCUGCCGAGAUCCUCCGCCAGGUCGCGGGCGCCUUGAAGCACGCACACGACAAGGGCGUCGCCCACCGGGACCUGAAACCCGAGAACGUCUGCUUCUGCUCCGAGGACCUCCAGGACACGCGGGUCAAGGUCAUCGACUGGGGUCUGGGCUUCUACUUCAAGCGCUUCCGCAUGAACACCGCGGUGGGCAGCGGAGCUUAUGCUGCCCCGGAAGUCCAGCGUCCGGUUGGUGGUGGCGUCUACACCAAUGCCUGUGACCUUUGGAGUCUGGGUGCGAUGGCCUGCGUCAUGCUUUCAGGCGAACCUCCCUACUAUGGUGCGAAUUCCUGCAGCGAAGAGCAUGACUUUGCACCUUGCGGGCCUAUAUGGGACGCUUUGUCGUCUGAUGCGCGGUCGUUGGUGACCUCCCUGCUGAAGCGGGAGCCAUCCCACCGGCCCAGUGCGGACCAGGUGCUUAGCCACGCAUGGCUGAGGAUCCACGACGAGCAGCCAAGCAUCAUGAGCUCCAAGACGGAGGUGCUCAAGAACUUGCGACGCUUCAGCAACACCUCCACCUUCCUUUCGCUGUGCGCAGCCUCUGUGGCGCAGCAACUUUCACGACGUGGGCUCAAGGAGCUUGAACAGGUCUUCAAAGAGCUAGACACAAAUGGAGAUGGCAUACUUGAGCUCCACGAGGUGAAGGCCGGCUUCCACCAGAUCCUGGGCCGGGGAAGCGCGCCGCUGGAAGAGAUCGAGGAGAUGUUCUCGCGCCUGGACAUUGAUGGCUCUGGAGCCAUCGAUUACACGGAGUUCUUGGCUGCCGGCUUAGGCAACAGGGUCAACAGUGAGGUCGAGGCACUUUGGGCAGCAUUCAAGGCAUUUGACGUUCACGAGUCGGACGGCAAUGUCACGGAGGCAGAGAUUGCUCAUGUUCUCUUUGAAGCAGGCGCAGGCCGGAUGUGGUCCGUUGAGAAGUGCCAAGAGCUUGCCAGAGAGGUCGUCCAACAGUUCGAUCGGGAUGGCAAUGGCUCACUGGAUUUCGAGGAGUGGCUCGAGAUGAUGAAGCGGUGGGAAGCUGACACAGGGAUGGGCCGGGAUGGGCGAAUCCUGUUUGCAUCUCCAUUGUUUGAUCUGCAGUCUGUCUUGUAA